GAUUGCCAGUAGUCGGUAGAAACACAAUCUUUGAUUGGAUGACUGUGAGACUCUAAUCACAAUUAGUCAGUCACAUGGGAUUCAUCUAUAAUGAACUAGUGAGCGAGAGAGAGAGAGCAUGACAUUUACUAUAUGUAGCGUAAAGAAAUGGAGGAGCUGAAUUUCUGAAGCUUUCGAUCAACUAAACCGUUCACUUGCUCUCUUAUUUAAUGAGAUUUCCAGUUUAGCAAUUGAUCCAACCGUCGGGGGGAUUAAUUUACCAUUUUUGAGAAGAUCAGGUGGAUGAUGCACAGUGUGGAGUACCUACGAUACCCGUUCAUCUUUCCGGGUGAAAACAAACUAGCCACUUCGAAUUGAUCGCCUGGUGCCCUGUGGUAAACUAUAUCCUUUUAUAUUUCAUGUUUUUCUUAUAGGUAAGGUGUCCCGGUCACUGAUGUUGUAGUUAUGAGGCUGCCUUGGCGAUUUUUCAUUAUUUUGGCGGUUCUGGUUUCUCCGACAUGGGCUGAAGAUCCACCAAAAAUUACACUUGCUCCAAAAAACCAAAGAGUGGCCGAAGAAAAAAUUGUAAGCUUUUUUUGUAAAGCUUCUGGAAAUCCUGGCCCAUCAUUUUCAUGGAGAAAAGGAAGUCGGCGCAUUAGUAUAAAUAGAAACCGUUUGGUUAUAAAGGAAAUGCCACAUGGGUCUGUAUUGAGAAUUGAGCCAGUUAAAAAAAAGGAUGCCGGUAGUUAUUAUUGCAUUGCUGACAAUGGUAUAGGAGCAAAAGCUAAGGCAAAUGCCACUUUGGAAGUCUUUUCAAAAAUAGAAAUAAAUGAAUGGAAAUUUAUGUAUGAAGGAAUGCCUGAAGGCUACCCUAGAAUUACUGAUCACCCAUCAUUAAAGGCUGUGGAAAAAGAUAGGAAUACUAUCUUACAAUGCCAUGCAAAAGGGGAUCCAAAGCCUUCAAUAAUUUGGUUAAGAGAUUUCAUCCCAGUUGACCUCAGCAAUCCACGUUUAACUUUACUUGAAGGGGGAGAACUACAAAUAGAACGCAGCCAAGAAUCUGACGUUGGCAAAUAUGAAUGCGUUGCAGAAAAUGAACAUGGAGUUGAUUAUUCUUAUGCGGCUAACUUAUAUGUUAAAGUUCGCCGCGUUCCACCUCACUUUACUAUGCCACCUGAAAGCGUUGAGGUGCAACCAGCAACAGAUGUCAAUCUAACCUGUGUGGCUGUUGGUUCCCCUAUGCCAGAAGUAAGGUGGCGUCAGGGUAACCGAGAACUAACCGAUGAAAAUGAAAUCCCAAUUGGUCGAAAUGUACUGGAAUUAAAAAAUGUUCUAGAAACCAAAAACUAUACCUGUGUCGCAUCGUCCGACUUAGGAAUUAUUGAAGAAAUUGCCCAAGUGAAAGUAACUGCCCCAGGAACAGCUCCAAGGAAUUUGCGUGGAAGAGCUGCUAGUGCAACCACCAUAUCUUUGGAAUGGCAAGAACCUGAAAUUCCGAAUGGAAUAAUUGAGGGAUAUAAAAUAUUCUAUACUUUGAAUCCAGAUCUCCCUAUUAUUCUUUGGGACCAUAAAACCCACAACAAUGGCCAGAAUAAAGUGGAAACUCUUCUUAACUUGAAAACAAACAGCACAUAUACUAUAACCAUUUUAGCUUUUUCUAGUGCUGGUGAAGGUCCUCUUUCAGAAGAAAUUCAAGUAAUGACAAAUCCAGGAGUUCCAGUGAAUAAACCUGUUAUAUUUGAUCUCCCCCAACAGCCGAAAAAUCUUCAGGCUCUUGCUGAGUCUGCUAAUACUGUUCAUGUGACUUGGGAUCGACCAGAUGCAAUGGAUAAUAUCGAGAGCUACGAGCUAUAUUAUAAUGAUUCCCACUACCGCCAGAAUGUUCACAUAAGUAUUAAACCACCUGUAGUAAGUUACCGUUUAGUUGAUCUUACACCCGAUACAGUAUACCACGUUCAAGUAUCAGCUAAAUCAUUACGUGGAGAAGGAGCACGUACCCCAACAAUUCAAGUUCGAACACCUCAGUUCGCCCCAGGUGCCCCUCCUUUGGCUGUGAGUGGUAUUGCACUUGACUCACGCAGACUCAACAUUACCUGGAAGCCACCACCCCGCACCAAACAAAACGGUGACAUCACUGGCUAUAAGAUAAUGUAUGUUGAAAGUGAUGGUGUUAAAACCAAAAAUGAUGCCUUAGUAGUUAAUGUGGAUGCAGAUGUGAACUCUUAUAUAUUGACUGACCUGUCAAAAUGGACCCAAUAUAAGAUAUGGCUUCUAGCUUACACCAGCAUUGGCGAGAGUCCUUCAUCCCAACCCAUCUUAGUGAGCACUGAAGAAGAUGUUCCUGGAGAACCACGGAAAAUACGAGCUGAACCCAUCAAUUCUACUGCUGUGUUUAUUGAAUGGAAACAUCCUUCCUCCAAAAAUAGAAAUGGUAUAAUACGGGGUUAUCAAAUACAGUAUGUCGAAGUAGAUGACCAUGAUCAACAAUCAGGUGACCUCCGCAUGACAGAUACAACUGAUGGCGAUAAAACUGAGUAUGUGAUUACCAAUUUAGAGCCGGAUACUAGGUACCAGUUUACUGUUGCGGCAUAUACUCGAAAAGGAGAUGGAAUACGAAGCAGAGCAAAAAUAGUGGAAACCAAAGGCGCAGUGCCUACUCCGCCACGGAACUUAGAGAUUGAACUCACUCAAGAAAAUCCUCCCCAAGUCAAGGUGUCCUGGCAAAGGCCAAGGGAGGUAUUUGGUACUUUACAUGGUUUUAAAGUGACGUGGGGAAGAGUUGGUGAACGCUAUGAGGAACAUAUUUUGCGUCCUGACACAUACGUAUUUCUGACGACUUUCCUAGACAAGGGUGCCACCUAUGAAUUUCGUGUGGCCGCACGCAACCAGGUGGACUAUGGCGAACGGGCUGUAGACACAAUAAAAACUCCCGAUGGAGCCCCUGCUGGCGCUCCUCAAAACUUUACUGUUAUUCCAGUGAGUGAGACUACUGUCCUCUUAACUUGGGACCAACCUGCUAAGAAUUUACGUAACGGAGAAAUUAAAAUGUAUCAAAUCAACUUUCAUAAACAAUCUGACUCAAUAAAUGUGGAAGAUUUGAAUGUAACUGACACCUCGCUUGACAUAUCUGGUUUAGAUAUGAACACUGACUAUAUCUUCCUAAUCAGGGGCUACACCAGCAAAGGACCAGGACCUUGGAGUAAUAAACAAAUUGCUCACACGUUUGGACACAUGCCCCCAACUCCUGAAAAUGUUAAAAUUAGGAGGACAUCACCUACUACUGUUGAUGUAAUGUGGGAUGAACCUGCUUUUCCUGUUGCCGGAUAUAAAGUAUACUAUAAUAUGUUUGCCCUUCCCAACAUGGACCUUUGGCAAAACAUUGAUGUUGGCCCCUAUACUGUGGCUGAAAUUACAGGACUUGAUCCACAAACUAUAUAUGUGGUUAGAGUCCAGGCCAUUUCAACUGGCGGGAGAGCUGGAAAUUUUUCCGCUCCAGUGUAUACAAACAUGAUUCCAAAAGAUCGUCCAGAUGCUGUUCAGAAUUUUAGAGUAGCUCUCAAAUCUUCUCGAAUUAUUCAAUUAGCGUGGGAUCAUCCUGAGAAACAAGUUGUCAACUCAUAUACGCUAACCUUUGAGGGAUCAAAAUCAUAUUGGGAAAAGGGUACACUAAAAACCAUCUAUUCUCCACUUGUUUCUCGACAAAUUGGAGGUCAAGAAUCUUCAUGGCAAGUUGAAAAUCUGCAACCAAAAAUGAAAUACAAUUUCAAUAUCAGUGCACUUUUCCGUGACGGAACUACAGGACCAGAUCAAUAUUUAACCACUGAAACUCUCAUUGAACCACCAUCUUAUGUUGAUGUUCCUGUCAUAAAAUCAUAUGGCUCAGGCACAGUUGAACUGGGCCUGUAUCGGGCCAGUGAAAAACAUGGACCAUUAAGCCAUUACCUUUUAAUUGUUGUGCCUGAGCAGUAUCCUGAAAAGGCUCCUGAAGAUUUUGAAGUUGAAGACCUUGAAGACGAUGAGCCUGUUGAUUUGCCAUCAUUAAAGCCCUACAUUGCUGCAAGAUUUGAAGCCAACUCCUUACCAGAUGUACUGAAACUCGGUAACGGACAGAUGUAUGACUCCCAUACCAACAGACCGUUAGAUCCUGACCACACCUAUAGAGUGUUUCUCAGAGCCUAUUCUGUCGAUCCGAAACUUUACACUUCGAGUGAAUAUUCAGCACCAUUUCGAAUAAAGAUUGAUGGAAACUCAGGACCUGGAACAGAUCUACCUAAUCCAAGACCGACUAUGGAUGAUGCACGCAAUCUUUUACUUAUUGUUGCACCUGUUUGUGGUGCAGUUGGUUUGCUUAUCAUUGUCUGCAUUUUAGUUGUUAUCUACUUCAAGCGGAAAUCUAAUCGCAAAGAAAAAGUUGAUGAGCAAACAAAACCUCCUGUUGAAGUGUGCCCUCAUCCGAGUGAUCCUGUUGAAAUGAGGAGACAACAUUAUCAAACCCCCGCAAUGAUUAGUCAUCCGCCCAUUCCUGUCCAUAUGCUAGCAGAACACAUUGAGAAUUUGAAAGCAAGUGACAAUCUACGCUUCUCUCAAGAAUAUGAAUCAAUUGAACCAGGUCAACAGUUUACUUGGGACAAUUCUAAUCUUGAAGUGAAUAAGCCUAAGAAUAGAUACGCUAAUGUCAUAGCUUAUGACCAUUCCAGAGUCAUUCUUCAACCAAUAGAAGGACUACCUGGAAGUGACUAUAUUAAUGCCAACUAUAUGGAUGGUUAUAGAAAGCAGAAUGCUUACAUUGCCACACAGGGUCCACUUCCUGAAACAUUUGGGGACUUCUGGCGCAUGGUUUGGGAACAGAGAAGUUCCACUAUUGUCAUGAUGACGAAAUUAGAAGAGCGGUCAAGGAUUAAAUGUGACCAAUAUUGGCCCUCCCGAGGUCCAGAAACAUAUGGUCUAAUGCAGGUUACUUUGCAAGAUGUGACAGAACUGGCAACUUAUACAAUAAGAACAUUCUAUGUAGCUAAGUAUGGUUGUGCAGAAAAGAGAGAAGUUCGGCAGUUUCAAUUUACUGCCUGGCCCGACCAUGGUGUACCAGAUCAUCCUACACCCCUGUUGAUGUUUAUGCGUAGAGUAAAGGCCAGCAAUCCGCUGGACGCUGGCCCAAUGAUAGCACAUUGCAGUGCUGGUGUGGGGAGAACUGGUGCUUUUAUUGUGAUUGACUCAAUGCUUGAGCGUAUUAAGCAUGAGAAGACUGUGGACAUUUACGGGCAUGUGACUUGCUUGCGAGCUCAGCGCAACUACAUGGUACAAACCGAGGACCAAUAUAUAUUCAUUCAUGAUGCUUUACUUGAAGCUGUUACUUGUGGAAAUACAGAAGUUCCUGCUCGCAAUCUGGGUGCUCAUAUACAAAAGUUAUCUCAACCAGAUCCAGGAGAAACAGUAACAGGAAUGGAAUUAGAAUUCAAGAGAUUAGCAAAUGUGAAAGCUAAUCCUAAUAGAUUUGUCAGUGCCAAUCUUCCUGUGAACAAAUUUAAAAACCGACUGGUGAACAUAUUACCAUAUGAAUCAACAAGAGUGUGCUUACAGCCUAUCCGAGGAGUAGAUGGCUCUGACUAUAUCAAUGCCAGCUUCAUUGAUGGUUACCGCUACAAGAAGGCCUAUAUAGCCACACAAGGUCCUCUCGUAGAAACUACAGAAGAUUUCUGGCGUAUGCUGUGGGAGCACAAUUCUACUAUUAUAGUGAUGCUUACAAAAUUGAGAGAGAUGGGAAGGGAGAAAUGUCAUCAGUACUGGCCUAGUGAGAGAUCUGCUCGUUACCAAUAUUUUGUUGUAGAUCCAAUGGCAGAAUACAACAUGCCUCAGUAUAUCCUUCGAGAAUUCAAAGUUACUGAUGCUAGGGAUGGACAAUCGCGAACUGUAAGACAAUUCCAGUUCACUGACUGGCCUGAGCAAGGAGUGCCUAAGUCUGGUGAAGGAUUCAUUGAUUUUAUUGGGCAAGUUCACAAAACCAAAGAACAGUUCGGUCAAGAUGGCCCAAUCACUGUACACUGCAGUGCGGGAGUUGGAAGGACUGGUGGUUUUAUUACAUUAAGCAUUGUGCUCGAAAGAAUGAGGUAUGAAGGUGUGGUGGACAUGUUCCAAACGGUGAAGAUGCUCCGGACACAAAGGCCAGCCAUGGUACAAACAGAGGUACAGUAACUGAUUUUGUAAUUUC